AUGGGAAGAGGUGGGCUCCAUGAGAAUGGAUGCUUCCUCUUCCUCAUUCUCUACCUGCUGCUUCAAGGAAGAGGAGACACAUUCACAAUCAAUUGCUCAGGCUUUGACCGGUACGGGGUGGAUCCUGCUGCCUUCCAAGCAGUGUUUGACAGAAAGGCCUUGCGUCCAGUCGUCAACUACAGCAUCCCCACUCAUGUCAACAUCUCCUUCACUAUGUCUGCCAUUGUGGAAGUGGAUGCACAGCUUCAACUGAUGACAUCUUUCCUGUGGCUAAACGUGAUCUGGUACAAUCCAUUCAUCAGGUGGAACCCAGAGGAAUGUGGGGGCAUCAGGAAGAUCAGCAUAGCAGCCGAGAAUCUUUGGCUUCCAGAUAUCUUCACUGAAGAGUUCAUGGAUGUGGAUCAGACAGCUACAGGUCUCAUGGCUUAUAUCAACAGUGAAGGUCUCAUCAAAUAUGAUAAGCCAAUAAAGGUGGUCAGCAUCUGUAACCUGGACAUCUUCCAUUGCCCCUUUGAUGAACAGAACUGCACGGUCACCUUCAGUUCAUUCAUCGACACAGUGGAGAAUGUGGUCCUGGGCAUGGAGAAGAAAGUGCAGGAGAUUUCGAACACAUCAAAGAACCUCAUUCGGAGCAAGGGGGAGUGGGUACUUCUGGGUAUCCACCAGAGAAGGAUGAAGAUGACUGUGGGCACCAACCAGUAUGACCAAAUCAUUUUCUAUGUGGACAUGAGGCACAGGCCCAGACUCUACAUCAUAAACCUCCUGGUGCCCAGUGGUUUUCUGGUUGCCAUCGAUGCCCUCAGCUUCUACCUGCCGGCAGAAAGCGGGAAUCGUGCCCCAUUCAAGAUGACCCUUCUGCUGGGCUACAGUGUCUUCCUGCUUAUGAUGAAUGACUUGCUCCCUGCGACUGGCACCCCCCUCAUCAGUGUCUAUUUUGCCCCGUGUCUGUCCCUGAUGGCGGUCAGCCUGCUAGAGACCAUCUUCAUCACCUACCUGCUGCACCUGGCCACCACCCAGCCCCCACCCAUGCCUCGGUGGCUCCACCCUCUGCUCCUCUGCUGCACCAGCCCAAGGAAAUGCUGCCCCACUGCACCCCAGAAGGGAAAUAAGGGCCUGGGCCCCACCCCCACCCACCUGCCUGGUGUGAAGGAGCCCGUGGAGUUGGUGGGGAAGGUGUCAGGUCCCAGAAAGGCAGAGUUAAAUGGGAGCCCUGAGUCAACAAGGGCCCAGCAGGAAGAAGAGACUCAGAGGCAGGACUUGGUCGACCUGUGGGUGAAGUUCAGCCACAUGAUGGACACCCUGCUCUUCCGCCUCUACCUGCUCUUCAUGGCCACCUCCAUCAUCACGGUCAUCGUCCUCUGGAACACCUAG